CGGCGUGACGUCACUGGGGCGGGGCUCCAAAUGUAAUUGCUAACAUCCUCUUGAAGUGUCCUGGCGCGGCAGACGAGCGACCGCCGAAGCAGCGGCCAAACCCGGACGAAAAGCCCUUGCCGUGCCGUGAACACCAUGUCUUCCAAAUGCCCAAAAUGCGAAAAGACGGUGUUUUUUGCGGAGAAAGUGUCCUCUUUAGGCAAGGACUGGCACAAGUUCUGUCUGAAAUGUGAGCGCUGCAGCAAGACUCUGAACGCUGGAGGCCACGCUGAGCAUGAGGGAAAGCCUUUCUGCCACAAACCAUGCUAUGCUGCACUCUUUGGGCCUAAAGGGGUGAACAUUGGCGGAGCCGGCUGCUACGUUUACGCCGCUCCCAGUGUGGAGGGCCCCGCGGCUGUUACUACGGAACCCAAAGCGGAGGAGAGAAAAGCUCCUAUGCGGGGACCGGUGAAGGCUGCCAGCUUCUCUGCCGUCACAGAGGGGCCCAACGUUUGCCCCCGCUGCAACAAGACAGUUUACUUUGCUGAGAAGGUGUCCUCUCUGGGGAAAAACUGGCACAAGCCAUGUCUACGCUGCGAGAGAUGCAGUAAGACGCUGACGGCGGGUGGUCACGCCGAGCACAAGGGGCAGCCAUACUGCCACAAACCAUGCUACGCUGCGCUGUUUGGACCAAAAGGUGUGAACACGGGAGGAGUGGGCAGCUACAUUUACGACAAUGCUUAACAUGGAGCACAGCACAUAACGGACACAAUCAUUCUGUGGAAACUAAAUAGCUUCUAUUUCAUAUGUCCUCACGACUGCCGUUAUUGCUUGAGCUGUCAUGUAUUAUUAGUGUGGAAUCUCUGACUGUUGGACAAAGAUCUUUUUCUAUUCGGAGAUCUGCCAAAUGUUUAGUUUUAUACAGUAAGACUUUAAUGGUCAGACACAACUAAAUCUGUCGAAUAAAUGCCAAAAAUCA